UUUUUCGACAGCAUGGGGGUGGCCAUCUUAGCCCAGUGAGAACAAAGGGAGAAACAAGAAGUCCAACGGCCAACAGGACAUUUUAACACCUUUUUACCAUCAAGAGAGGCCAUGUCCGACUCCGAAAAAGAACCGGAGACAACAUCCGCCCCAGAUAAGAAGAUCAUAGCAAGCAAAGUAAGUGGAACAGUAAAAUGGUUCAAUGUAAGAAGCGGAUAUGGUUUCAUUAAUAGAGAUGACACAAAAGAAGAUGUAUUUGUCCAUCAAACGGCCAUCGUAAAAAACAAUCCAAAGAAGUACUUGAGAAGUGUAGGUGAUGGUGAAACUGUAGAAUUUGAUGUGGUUGAAGGAGAGAAGGGAAAUGAAGCCUGCAAUGUGACUGGUCCAGAUGGGGAACCUGUCCAAGGAAGCAAGUAUGCUGCUGAUAGACGUCGUUACCGAGGUAGAAGAUACUACAGAGGUAGAGGUGGUGGUGGAGGUCGUCGCUAUCCUCCAAGACAGAGACAAGAUGAUGAAGAAGGUGAAGGUGAAGAAGAGGAAGAAAGAGAGGGCGAAGAACGAGAACAUCGUCCUGCCAGACGUCGUCCAUUCUAUCGUGGAUUCAGAGGAGGUUACAGAGGUGGAUAUGGAGACCGUGGAGGAUAUGGUCCACCCCGUCGUGGUGCUCCAAGAUAUGACAUGGGUGUGGAUGGUUACCGUCGUAGACCAUUCUACCGAAGGUAUUACGGCCCACCUGGUUACUAUGGUGGAGGGCCACAAGGAGAUUAUGAUAGUUAUGGAGGUGGAGGUGGUGGUGGUGGUGGAAGACCUUACAGAGGACGCGGUAGAGGCAGAGGGAGAGGAAGAGGAAGGAGGAACUUCAGACGUAGGAACAACAGCGGAGGUAGGAGAGAUGAAGACGGCCAGGAAAAUGGUCAGAAUGACGAAAGAGAUAGUGGAGACCAGGGCAAUGCUGAGAAGAGCGAUUAGACCUAUAAAUAGAUAAUGCUUUAUAAGCAGCUUGUAAAUUAUUUUGUGUAACUCUGGUGGACAUGGCCAUGUAUUUUGUUGAUAAAUUUCAAUUGUAACACCAUCUCAUUCAACUAUGCAAAAAAUGUUUUAACAACUGCCAAUUUUUUAUUGUACUAAAAAAAUAGAAAAAAAAAAGAAAAAAAAUUGAAAAAAGAUUUAUACUACAUAAUAGUGCUAUAAAAAGUUUGAACAAAAGAAAUCCGAUCAAAAUUUUAAUGGGCCCAAUUAGAAAUUGACAACCAGUUUAGAAGAUGAAUAAUAUUAAAAGGUUUGAAUACCUAAAUAUGUUUUUAUUUUAUAGGGAGAGCAAUACAUUGAUUAUAGAGCCAAAUAUAUUAUAACUAAAUGUUUUGAUAGAAACUAUAACAUUUUUAGAAUUGCAUGAAAUCAUGACUUAGAAAGUGUUUUAGACCUUAGAACAAUUGUUAAAACAUCUGGAAAGAGGACCAGCGACUCUUUGUGUAAAAGAUACCAUGAAUUUGUCAUGAUAUAUUUGACACAAGUUGACUGACCUGGUGUUUUUAUACUUUUUCUUACAAAUGAAUUUUUUUGUAUACUCUUUUUACUACCAGGUUCACCACCAAAAAAAAAAUUAAUGAAUUCAACUUGUGGCUAAAGAAUAAAUGCAACAAGUGAACAAA